AUGCGUCUUCCUUGGUGGGCUGAAGGACCCGCAGUCGGUCUCAGUUCUGUGAUGCUUCAGCUUCCUUUCCGCAUGUUGGGUACAAAAAUGCUUUGGUGGACUUGGCAUGAUACUGACCCAACGAUCAGAGAGAGAAUGUUUUGGACUCCAUGGAGUUCAUUGUACUUUUAUGCUGCAUGUGCUUGCUCUUUUGUAUGGAUUCUUCGAUUUACAAGGAACCUACUUUUAGAGAGGGAAUACGACUGGACGAAAUUCAUUAGGGAGUUCAUCUGCGCGUUUUUGACUGGAGUGCUCUCAUUUUGGUUGGGCACCGUGCAGUUCUCGCUUCUUUACUAUCCAUUGCACGAUUUUUUCAAGAUCCAUUCUGAGAUCACUACGAUUAUAUUUUUCGCCAUUUAUGCUUCAUUAGUGUUCAUCGCUGAUAGAAAUAAUGUGGAUGUCGAAGCAAGAAAUGAGAGGGAAUACGACUGGACGAAAUUCAUUAGGGAAUUCAUUUGCGCGUUUUUGACUGGAGUACUCUCAUUUUGGUUGGGCACCGUGCAGUUCUCGCUUCUUUACUAUCCAUUGCACGAUUUUUUUAAGAUUCAUUCUGAGAUCACUACGAUUAUAUUUUUCGCCAUUUAUGCUUCAUUAGUGUUUAUCGCUGAUAGAAAUAAUGUGGAUGUCGAAGCAAGAAAUGGUACUCGCUACUGGUUUGAUGAGCUGUCCUGUGCAAUAGCGCUUGAGUACAUAUUUCUUAUGGUACUGGUAGUUGUGGCCGAUCCGCUCAAUAUUGUCAGCGAGGGGAUCCAUCAGCCUAUUGGACCUUGUAAAGAAAUGGAAAGUAUUCACACACCUGCUGGAUUGAUAUUGCAAAGAGAGAAGUUUCUGUGCGCAAAGAAGUAUAAUGAAAAAUAUUUUGACUUCCAUUGCAUCCCAAAUGGCAUACCUCAACAGCAGGAUGACGGGACUGGAAGACUCCUCCCGCUGGAGUAUUAUGCUAUCUGUGGAACAGAUUUUAAGAAUCGAGCUGAAUACACCACAAUUAUUUGGUCGUGUUGUAUCAUUUUCGCCACGUUCUUCUACCAAAUGGCUGCUUGCUCGGGACCAACACCAGUCGAUCCUAUUAAGGUAUGUUUAAUGAGCAUUUACUUAGUGAAUAGUUUCGUGUAUGAAUUCUUACGGUCUUAGUU